AUGAAGUAUGCGUUAUGUGGACAAUUGAAUAUAAAAAAUGUGGCAUGGAGCAGGAAACAAUUUGGUACAUAUGCAAAAGAACGGUUUUUGGAGAAUCUCGCUGCAGCUCCUCCCUCAAAACAUCCUCGCUUAGUCUCUGAUUCUGACGAAAAAUCGGCAAUGUCGGUGCUAAUUCCCCUUGUUACUGUCGACGGUCGUGAUUCUGUUCUCUUGACGAAACGAUCGAUUCAUCUUCGAUCGCAUCGUGGUGAAGUAUGUUUUCCAGGCGGAAGAAAAGAAUCAGGAGAAACCACAACUGAAACAGCUUUGAGAGAAACGUUCGAAGAAAUUGGGUUAGAAUCGAAAGAUGUCGAAAUAUGGGGUCAUCUGAAAAGUGUUGUCCGGAGACAAGCUGAUUUUGUUGUCACACCGAUAGUUGGAUACGUACGAGAUGAGAGAGUGCUCAAUUCGUUAAUUGUGAAUUCUGACGAAGUUCAAUCAGUUUUCUCGAUACCCAUCGAUGAGUUGGCAAAGAAAGCAGGGAUCACUAAAUUUGCCAGCAGUAAACUGAAAUACACUCUGCCAGUUUUUGAUUCAGAGGAAUUCAAGAUUCACCAUAAUGACGCCAAGGAAUACCUACAUCCAAGUCAACGAGUAUGGGGAUUGUCAGCAGUUAUGCUUCAUCAGGCGCUGACUCUGCUUAAUCCAGGUGUUUAUAAGCAUGAUGUUGUCGUGAAAUUUUUUUAG